CAUCCAUCCACAUCGGAGGCCCACCAUCACCAACAAACAAAAAGAUGGAAGCAGCCAAACAACAAACACACACCCAUUUCAUCCUGGUACACGGUCUUUGCCAUGGAGCUUGGUGUUGGUACAAGCUCAAACCACUGUUGGAGUCUCAUGGCCACAAGGUCACUGCCCUCGACCUCUCAGCAUCCGGUAUCAACAUGAAGAAGAUAGAAGAGAUUCGCACUUUUUAUGACUAUACGGUGCCGUUGAUGGAGGUCAUGGAAUCGCUUCCUCCGGGCGAAAAGGUGGUUCUCGUUGGGCACAGUCUUGGUGGCUUGAACUUGGCUCUUGCCAUGGACAAGUUCCCCCAGAAAAUCUCCACUGCUGUCUUCGUCACUGCUUUCAUGCCCGAUACGGUGCACAAACCCUCGUUUGUUAUCGAACAGAGCCUUAAGGGGACAACCCCAGAAUCAUGGUUGGACACAAAGUUUGAAUCUUAUGGUACUCCUGAAAUGCCCCUAACAUCAAUGCUCCUUGGCCCCAAAUUUCUGGCAUCCAAACUCUACCAACUAUGCCCCAUCCAAGAUUUCACACUAGCAACAACAUUAGUGAGGCCAGGGUCAUUAUUUUUAGAAGAUUUGGCACAUGCAAAUAACUUCUCAAAUGAAGGUUAUGGAUCGGUGACACGAGUUUUUGUUGUGUGCACCGAAGAUUACACAAUACCAGAGGAAUACCAACGAUGGAUGAUCGAAAACAGCGGAGGAGUGAAAGAGGUGAAGGAGAUCAAAGGUGCAGAUCAUAUGGCAAUGUUUUCAAAGCCUCGAGAACUCUGUUGCUAUCUCUUAGAGAUUGCUAAUAAGCACACUUAAAAAUAUGAUAUGGCAAAUAAAGCAACCUUAAAAAGACUUUUAUGUGCUAUGUUUUGCUUGUAGCAUGAUAUUUUUCCCCUUUUAAUUUGUGAUAAUAAAAUUGUUGUUGUUGCAUUGGUUGUGAUUGUUUUCAAACUUUCUACAUAAAUGUAUCUUUUUUUCCUGUUUGUUUC